AUGGACCAGGUAAGACCUUUGUUUGGUGUUAUUACACUUUCAGUACUGGGCUCUUCUCAUUUACUCUCUCCCUUGCACUCACACAGCGCCGUCUCGGUAUAGCGGAGACCGAGGUUGGUUGUCUCUGCUUAUUACUCCCAAUCUAGAGGGUGGUGUGUGAUAAUUGUACAAUUAACAUGUGUGAAUUCUUUGAAAGAACUCAUCCACCUGCACAAUUAAUGUCAGCAUGACAAAACAUUGAGGUGAGGGGCAGAAUUUUGUUGGGAAUAUCAAUCAAUCAAUCAAAUGUAUUUAUAAAGCCCUUUUUACAUCACCAGAUGCUCACAAAGUGCUAAACAGAAACCCAGCCUAAAAGCCCAAACAGCAAGCAAUGCUGUUCCAUCAAAAAAAGGCUAUUUCUAAGAAUCCGUAUACUAUAUUGCUUCAUUCAAGGAAUAAAGUAGUAGCAAACAUUGUGACAACCAACCCCAUACUGUGUGACAACCAACCCCAUACUGUGUGACAACCAACCCCAUACUGUGUGACAACCAACCCCAUACUGUGUGACAACCAACCCCAUACUGUGUGACAACCAACCCCAUACUGUGUGACAACCAACCCCGCGAUGGGGCUGGUUGUCACAAGUGGACAAAGUGUGAUCGAUGGCUUGUAACUCCAUGUUGGAAUAAGAUAUGAGGAUAAAAGGGGUCCCUAUUUUAACCCAAGACCUUGGUCUUUCUAUUAAUAUUGAAAAGAGGCUUGUAAGAUAGACUGGUGAUGAGAAAUACACACACGAUUACAAAGUGUGACAACCAACCCCAAUCACCUAUAAUGAAGGUCGUUACCAUGAAUACAGUUUCAGUCCUGUGCCACAGUUUAAUUUGUAAUUACUGUGUAGUCAGAUAGGGAGUUGGCAUGACGCCCAUUCUGCUUGUCUCAAAAACUAUUAGGUGCUUCUUCUCUCUGGUUUAUUGCUAUAUGUGGCUUUAUUGUUUAAAUGUCACAUGAUUUAAUGCAGGUAAGGGCAACACUUUUUGUAAUAACUUCACAUUUGAUAUAAAAUCUCUGACUUUAUCUAUAGGUCAGGGGCCCCGGGCUUGUAUGUGUGUGUGUGUGUGUGUGUGUGUGUGUGCGUGCGUGUGUGUGGAUGGAUAGAUGGCAGAGUCAUCAUGUGGUAUAGCAGCCCAGAGUGAUUCAUGCUAGAACUGGUGACUAGUCCGUCAACACACACACACACACACACACACACACACACACACACACAUACAAGCCCGGGGCCCCUGACCUAUAGUUCUAUUGCCCCCAGGCCCUCACCUAAAGGAACUAGGCUUCUAUGGGUUUCUAUUGGCAGUUUUGGUGCCAGAGGGUCUGGAUGAUGCUUUGGGGGUUGUGUACCCCACCUUGAAAAUAAUGAUCCGGUCACUUAGUUUGUUUUAUCUCAUGUUGAAUUAGACUGUGAAAAGAGACAGAGAUACAGAUGUAAGAUCUUAAUUUGAGCCAGUUUGCUACAGCAGGAAAAUUAUCCUGCAGCAACAGGAAAUGUGAAUUAUUAUGUGGAUUAUAAUGAAUUACAUUUUUGUAGGGGUUGCUACAUUUUUCAUAAGGGAAAAUCAAUUCAAAGUGGAAAUUACAAACAUCAGAAGCCUUUUUAAACCUCAAAUACACUACAAGUUUGAAAUGUCCUCCCCUCCUUUCUCUGUCUGAUAGGAAGAAGACUUUCUGGACUUCAAGUCCUUGAGGGCAAAGUUCCAGGAUGAGGAAGUGUUGGUGCUGAAGCAGCCCAGGACCAAAUCUGCCCUCCCUGAGAAACCUAAAGUCCUACUUCCUCCUCACAGCCCGACAAACUCCCUUCCUUCCCUCAACCCCACAUCACACACACCCUCCAACUCACACUCCCUACGGCCCAGGGCUCGACCCUCCCUCCUCUCCUCCCUCCAGGGGAAGGGGGGCAUCGCACCCAGAGUCUUCGGCAAGGAGGAGAAGGAGAAGAAGGUAAAGGGCAAUGAAAGGAUUAAUGGAGGGAAAGAUAUUGUAGAAGUAGCGGUGAGGUCAGAUCUGCUGGACCAGAAACAGAAGAAAGAAGCAGACCUGGUCAUGAAGGCCAUGAAGAACAAGAAGGUGUCCCUGCUGUCCCCUGGGGGGUAUAAGGGGGGCAGUGUUAAGCUGGUAGAUGCGUCACCACCGCCCAUAAACACAACAAAAAAGAAGGGUUUUCUGGACAUCAGGAAGUCAGUGAAAACAGGGAAGAAGGGGAAAGCGGGGAAAGGUGAGCAUCCUCCUUUCCCCAUACUGGACAUAGCCAGCCCAGACCUGGCUGGCCCUGAACCUCUCAUGCCUCUAACCACCUUCGGAACCCCAGCCCCCCCUGUUGAUAUACCCAUAUGUACCGCCAUUAUCCCACCUUCCCCAGCAGUACACAUUGUUCACUUACCCCCUGCCCCGAUACCUGCCCCAGUACUAGAUUCCCCCUUACCCCCAGAGCUGUCUCAUAACCCAGUAUUUACCCUGUUACCCCCCACCCUGAAACCUGCACCAGCAGCUGAAGCCAUUACAGUCGUUACACCACCCGACCCCAUCCCAGUGAUCCCUGACCCUCCUAUCAUUGAUCAUAUCCAUGAAACCCUCACUCCUAAAACCCCAUCUGAAACCAUCCUAGCCCCCACCCUGCCAGAAUCAGUCUGCCCUAGCCCUUCCCCUGUUCCUGCCCCAUCCAGCCCAAUACCAACUCUCCCAGUCACCCCUAUACCCCCUGCUACCCCCAUCCCACCUCCACCCUCUACCUCCACCCCACCUCCACCUGUUAUAGUCGAGACCUCUGCCUCUCCACUUCCCUCUCAUACCCCCCCUCCCCCGGCGGGUGACCCCCCAGUCACACCCCCAUCCCCCCAGCCUGAGAGGCCCGUGCGGGUCCAGGAACGGCCACUCUCGGUCCUGUUGGCUCUAGGGCGAGCAGAGGAGAUAAGUCCACCAAAAAAAAGAGGAUCAGAGAAAAUCUUCAAUGCUCUGGAGAAAGCCAAGAGGAAGCUCACCAGGUACACAAUAUACCUUCAAUACAUAUACAUUAACACUAUCAUCAACCUUAACAUAUACAGUGCAUUCGGAAAGUAUUCAGACCCCUUGUCUUUUUCCACAUUUUGUUACGUUACAGCCUUAUUCUAAAAUAGAUUAAAUAAAUAAAAAAUCAUAAAUCUACACAUAAUACACCAUAAUGACAAAGUGAAAACAGGUUUUUAGAAAUUUUUGCAAAACUGAAAUAUCUUAUAUAAGUAUUCAGACCCUUUGCAAUGAGACUCGAAAUUUAGCUCAGGUGCAUCCGGUUUCCAUUGAUCAUAUUUCUACAACUUGAUUGGAGUCCACCUGUGGUCAAUUCAAUUGAUUUGACUUGAUUUGGAAAGGCACACACCUGUCUAUAUAAGGUCCCACAGUUGACAGUGCAUGUCAGAGUAAAAACCAAGCCAUGAGGUCGAAGGAAUUGUCCGUAGAGCUCAGAGACAGGAUUGUGUCGAGGCACAGAUCUGGGGAAGGGUACCAAAACAUUUCUGCAGCAUUGAAGGUCCCCAAGAACACAGUGACCUCCAUCAUUCCUAAAUGGAAGAAGCUUGGAACCACCAAGAUUCUUCCUAGAGCUGGCCGCCUGGCCAAACUGAGCAAUCGAGGGAGAAGGGCCUUGGUCAGGGAGGUGACCAAGAACCUGAUGGUCACUCUGACAGAGCUCCAUAGUUCCUCUGUGGAGAUGGGAGAAUCUUCCAGAAGGACAACCAUCUCUGCUGCACUCCACCAAUCAGGCCUUUAUGGUAGAGUGGCCAGACGGAAGCCACUCCUCAGUAAAAGGCACAUGACAGCCCACUUGGAGUUUGCCAAAAGGCACCUAAAGGACUCUCAGACCAUGAGAAACAAGAUUCUCUGGUCUGAUGAAACCAAGAUUGUACUCUUUGGCCUGAAUGCCAAGCGUCACGUGCAACCUGGCACCAUCCCUACGGUGAAGCAUGGUGGUGGCAGCAUCAUGCUGUGGGGAUGUUUUUCAGCGGCAGGGACUGGGAGACUAGUCAGGAUCGAGGGAAAGAUGAACGGAGCAAAGUACAGAGAGAUCCUUGAUGAAAACCUCCUCCAGAGCUCUCAGGACCUCAGACUGGGGCAAAGGUUCACCUUCCAACAGGACAAUGACCAUAAGCACACAGCCAAGACAACGCAGGAGUGGCUUCGGGACAAGUCUUUGAAUGUCCUUGAGUAGCCCAGCCAGAGCCCGUACUUGAACCCGGUCGAACAUCUCUGGAGAGACCUGAAAAUAGCUGUGCAGCGCGGCUCUCCAUUCAACCCGACAGAGCUUGAGAGGAUCUGCAGAGAAGAAUGGGAGAAACUCCCCAAAUACAGGUGUGCCAAGCUUGUAGCAUCAUACCCAAGAAGACUCAAGGCUGUAAUCGCUGCCAAUGGUGCUUCAACAAAGUACUGAGUAAAGGGUCUGAAUACUUAUGUAAAUGUGAUAUUUAAGUGUUUUAUUUUAAUUAAAUUAGCACUGUCCUAACAUACACUACCGGUCAAAAGUUUUCGAACACCUACUCAUUCAAGGGUUUUUCUUUAUUUUUACUAUUUUCUACAUUGUAGAAUAAUAUUGAAGAUAUCAAAACUAUGAAAUAACACAUAUGGAAUCAUGUAACCAAAGAAGUGUUAAACAAAUCAAAAUAUAGUUUAUAGCCACCCUUUGCCUUGAUGACAGCUUUGCACACUCUUGGCGUUCUCUCAACCAGCUGCAUGAGAUAAUCACCUGGAAUGCAUUUUAAUUAACAGGUGUGCCUUGUAAAAAGUUAAUUUGUGGAAUUUCUUUCCUUCUUAAUGCGUUUGAGCCAUUCAAUUAUGUUGUGACAAGGUAGUGGGGUAUACAGAAGAUUUGGUAAAAGACCAAGUCCAUAUUAUGGCAAGACCAGCUCAAAUAAGCAAAGAGAAACGACAGUCCAUCAUUACUUUAAGACAUGACGGUCAGUCAAUGCGGAAAAUUCCAAGAACUUUGAAAGUCUCUUCAAGUGCAGUCGCAAAAACCAUCAAGCGCUAUGAUGAAACUGGCUCUCAUGAGGACCGCCACAGGAAUGGAAGACCCAGAGUUACCUCUGCUGCAGAGGAUAAGUUCAUUAGAGUUACCAGCCUCAGAAAUUGCAGCCCAAAUAAAUGCUUCACAGAGUUCAAGUAACAGACACAUCUCAACAUCAACUGUUCAGAGGAGACUGUGUGAAUCAGGCCUUCAUGGUCGAAUUGCUUCAAAGAAACCACUACUAAAGGACACCAAUAAGAAGAAGAGACUUGCUUGGGCCAAGAAACACGAGCAAUGGACAUUAGACUGGUGGAAAUGUGUCCUUUGGUCUGGAGUCCAAACUGGAGAUUUUUGGUUCCAACCGCCGUGUCUUUGUGAGACGUGGGUGAACGGAUUAUCUUCGCAUGUGUAUUUCCCAACAUAAAGCAUGGAGGAGGAGGUGUUAUGGUGUGGGGGUGCUUUGUUGGUGACACUGUCUGUGAUUUAUUUAGAAUUCCACUUAACCAGCAUGGCUACCAUAGCAUUCUGCAGCGAUACGCCAUCCCAUCUGGUUUGGGCUUAGUGAGACUGUCAUUUGUUUUUCAACAGGACAAUGACCCAACACACCUCCAGGCUGUGUAAGGGCUAUUUAACCAAGAAGGAGAGUGAUGGAGUGCUGCAUCAGAUGACCUGGCCUCCACAAUCCCCCGACCUCAACCCAAUUGAGAUGGUGAAGGAAAAGCAGCUAACAAGUGCUCAGCAUAUGUGGGAACUCCUUCAAGACUGUUGGAAAAGCAUUCCAGGUGAAGCUGGUUGUGAGAAUCCCAAGAGUGUGCAAAGUUGUCACCAACGCAAAGGGUGGCUAUUUGAAGAAUCUCAAAUAUAAAAUAUAUUUAGAUUUGUUUAACACUUUUUUGGUUACUACAUGAUUCCAUAUGUGUUAUUCCAUAGUUUUGAUGUCUUCACUAUUAUUCUACAAUGUAGAAAAUACUAAAAAUAAAGAAAAACCCUUGAAUGAGUAGGUGUUCUAAAACUUUUGACCGGUAGUGUAUACCGGGCCAGUCAGACAGGGAAUCAGGUAACAUGGAUCAGGUGUGUUUACAUAUUGAUUAGCGAGAGGGGAGGAUUGGUCUUGGGGUGUAGCGUUUCCUGUCCAUCGCUCAUCCCCCAGUCACUUUGGAUAAAAUAGUCUGCUAAAUGACCAUAUUGUUAUUAUUAUGUUAUUAUUAACUACUAUUUUUCCCCCCAGCCCUCUGACGAGCCCCACCCCCGUGAUAUCCCUGCCUGAGCUCCCACCAAUCGACUACAAUGACCAGGCAGGGGCGGCGGCCCCUACACCCCUGAAACCGGCCCUGGUCAACGGUAUUGGCAUUAGUAAGUGUCUCUCUGGUUCUCUCCCUCUCUUUCUCUGUACAUCUCUCUCCCUGAGACCCCUGUUCUCUCUCUUCCUCUCUCUCUCUUUCCAUCUUCUGUUCACCCUGCUUUUGUACUCUGAACAUGAAGUACACAGGAGUGCAGCUCAUCCCUUACACCCCAGGUAAGACAAUGGGUGUUGUUGCAAUGCUGCAGACACUAAACAGCAGAGCAGGUAAAAUACCUCUCUACCUCUCAGAGCCAUAAACAACUCUGUCCUGAGGAGGGCGGAGGGGGAGAGAGAGGAGAGGGGAAGAGUAGGGUGGAUGAGGAGGAAAGGGGGAGGAAGAGAGGGGGAGAGUAGGGCGGAGUAGAGGAGGAGAACGGGAGAGGGGGAGAGUAGGGUGGAGUAGAGGAGGUAUUUAAACUAUCACUGUCACUGUGGUGUAGAGGAACAGCGUGUCUGUCAUAGUCUGCAUGACUGGGUACUGCUGUCAUUGUCUUCAGAUUUAACAAAGCCUUCUAGAGAGGCCAUAGGUGUUUGACUUCACAGAGUUACACUACAACAACACUAUAACCUACACUGUAGGUUUCACUGCUUUAGCUUUCUUAGUAUUGAACCUCUCCCUCUCUCCAUCCCUCUCUCCCUCCCUCUCUCCCUCUCUCUCCCUCCCUCUCUCUCUCUCUCUCUCUCUCUCUCUCUCUCUCUCUCUUUAGGGCAGGCGUCUCCUGUGUUGGAGGAGAUAGCAGAGGAGGGGGCAAGGGACAUGCUACCAGACCUGUUUGUGGUGCCCCCUCCUCCCCCGAGAAAGCGCCUCCCGAAUGCUUCCAUCCAGGGACCCCUGCCAGAGAAACCCCCCCGACUCCCCUCCGUGGACUUGACUGCCUAUGGUACAUCCCACCAACUUCUCCUCACACUGGAUAUCUCACAUUCCCAGACACACACACACACACACACACACACACACACACACACACACACACACACACUAAAAUGGAAAGGAUAGAGUAGUGUUAUCAGUGUGUGGUUAUUCUUGUUGAGUAACUAUCUGUCUCUCUUCACAGCUGUGGAGAUUCCUGUUCCUUCAGAGUUCUCCGAAGCUGAUCCUGCUCUCAACAUUCCUGAGUUUGAGGUAGUAGGAUUGAAUGUUCUGGAAUUGGAAGCCCCGGAGUUCCAGCCUGCAGACUUAGUGGAGUUAGAGGUGUCUAAGUGUGUGGACGGAGAAUACGGUGACCCUGAGUUUAUCCCACUAGAGGCAGACAACAUUCCAGAGACAGUGCUUCUAGAACAGGAGAUUCUGGAAGAGGGUGAGGAGCUUCCGGAAGUCGAGGACCAGGGAGUUCCAGAGUUUGGAGUUGAAUUCAGAGAGAUUCCAGAAUCAGAACUGGGGGUGGAGGUUCCAUUCGAGGUUCCUGUGGAGGUUCUUCAGGACACUGUCCAUGCCUCCCCUUUCAGCCAGGACUCCCAGCCAGCUGCAGGGUAACACAACCAGCUAUCUCUUACUCUCUCUCAAACGUACCUAAUUUUCAAGAACAUAUCCAGCUCUUGUUCUCCACUAGAAUAGUGCCUUAUGUCAUGUUGUUGUCACUGACUGACCGUUCUCCCACCCCCAACUCUCCAGAGCCCACGCAGAAGACGGCACCUAUGAGAGCUGUGACAAUGCCUAUGAGGACAUGCCCUCAGCCAAGCAGAAGGUCAAGGGUCAACCCACCAAGAAAAAAAAAGGAUCAGCGAAGAGUAAGACACAGGCACCUUACAGUAAGUUCUCACUCAUCAUAAAGAACCUUAGAUACUGUCCACCAUAUGACACUCCAGCUGUGGGUAUGAGAGAUGAGGUCAGAUGUGUGUGUGUGUGUUGUGUGUGUGUGUGUGUGUGUGUGUGUGUGUGUGUGUGUGUGUGUGUGUGUGUGUGUGUGUGUGUGUGUGUGUGUGUGUGUGUGUGUGUGUACUGUAUGUAAUGUAUGUAAUGUAAUGUAAUGUAAUGUAGUCCAGGCAGUGAGGCUAAUAUGUGGAGAUGUCUGUCUCCUUUACUCUUUUCUCCUAUCAACCCUUGACAAACUGACAUUGCUUUCUCACUCAUGAUUGGAUCUUAUCUAGCCAUAACUGCAGCCAAUAAGAUAAAUUAACAGAAACUAUGGGCUCAGAUGUCAUCAUGUUUUCUUAACUAUUUAUCUUCCUUUCAUCUUUCACAGACCCAUAUGCUGAGACUCAGCUUCCGGUAAGGAAUAUUUUGGGUAUAGCUCAGUAUUUGAAAGUAUUUGACCCAGGUCUGUGUUACACACAGUAAAGGCUUGAUCUAUCGCUCAGGUACUUCUCUGCAUCUAUCAUGUGUUCAUCUAAUGACCCACUAAAGAUCUUGACAGACAUGUCCCUCAUCUUCCAAUUGUUUACAGACUGAAGAAACACUCAAGACUGGCUGGUUCUUGAAGAAACCUGCCUCGGAAACCCCAGAUGAGAAAGAAUUGAAAAAGAAAGAAAAACAACGUCUGGAGAAGGAGAAGAAAGAACAGAAAGAAAGAGAGAGGAAAGAGCAGAAAGAGAGAGAGAAGAAAGAAAAUGAGAUGAAGAAGUUUAAGGUAAGUAACCCUAAGAGGAGAGGAGAGGAGAGGAGAGGAGAGGAGAGGAGAGGAGAGGAGAGGAGAGGAGAGGAGAGGAGAGGAGAGGAGAGGUAGAAAAGAGGAAAGAAGGGGAGAUGAGAGGAGGGGAGGGGAGAGGAGAGGAGGGGAGGGGAGAUGAGGGGAGGGGAGAUGAGAGGAGAGGAAAGGAGGGUGGAAUAGUAUUCUCGGGCAGUAGAAACCAGUGUGAUUUCAUUCCUUCAGGAUGGCAGAUUAUCUGAACAACAUGUUUACAUGGUAAUAACACAGAGAGAUGUCUUCUGACUUGAGAUACACAGGGUUAACUUACAUUUUUGAGCAAGUCUCCCAAUGACGUCAAUGAAUGAUUUUCAGUCAGAGUUGGAUCUCAAGUCUGAAUACUAACGACGGGGGAAGGGGUGGGACUUAUCAAAUAAAUAUCAAAGUGUUGCUAGUACGCACACUACAUACACUGCACACACUGCACACUACACUAAUAUGCUCUGUAAUACACAGAUUAAUACACAAGGUAAUAUCAACAGUAGCAGCCCCACUAGCAGUUUAUGUCAUUAAUGUAAAGCCCAACUGGAUUAACAGACUUACAUUACAUGAAUCACGCUCCUCUACAGUAAAUACAGUAUGGGCUGCUGAGAGUAUAUUUACACGUGUGUGUGUGUAGAUAACAGGUCAGAAGGAGGCUAUAUACCAGGCUACAGUAAUGGUAGCGUCUAAAGGACGUAAGAACGACCUGGCUGUGAAGAAUCGGGACAUCGUCAGCAUCAUACGGACCACAAACUGCCCCAAAGGAAAAUGGCUGGCCAGGGACAGCACUAAUACAUGUAGGUUACACACCUCCCUAACCCCUGACCUCUGACCUCUACACAAAUACAGAUGUGCAUAAAAUCAGUCAAAUGAAUGGCUCAAAAUCUGGAGUAGUUGUUUGAAUAUAGGUUUACAUAUCAAUGUGGGUGCAUAGAUUAGUACAUCUCAGUUAUAGCAGGUGCACAGCAGGAAAUGCAAACUUGUAGUGUAUUUGAGUUUUAAAAAGUAUUCUAAAGGUUGUAAUUUCCCAUUUGAAAUGUCAGACUUGAUUUGCCCUAAUGAAAAGUGUAUCAAACCCUACAAAAAUGUCCACAUAUAAUAAUUCAAAUUUCCUGUUGCUGCAGGAUUAUUUUGGCUCAAAUUAAGAUCCUACAUCUGUAUGUGUUAUAUGUAUGUGUGUGUGUAGAUGGGUACAUCUCAGUGAGCCACGUGGAGCUGGACAUUAAGGAGAUGUUGGAACUGGGGAAGAAGGCUUCUCGGGCCAUCAGCUGUAAGAACAGCACCACUCUGGUAGAACAGGGAGGAGAGGUGGCCAGUAUAGACAGCAGGACGUCCAACCAUUACCCACUACAGGAAGAUACAGACAGCUGUAAGUACUUCACUGAUUACAGUCAUUAAUUUAGUGCACAUGCACACGUGUCAUAUUGUGGAUCCAAAUAAACAAUUAAUCUCUGUGUGUGUGUGUGUUCUCCCCCCCAGUCACAGACGACAGUGAGGAGUGGACGCAUGAUGAUGAUGAACCUCUCUCCUCCCCCAUUGACGAAGAGCCCACAGAGAGGUCAGUCCAUAACGCAGAUAUUACAAUAUUGACUAUUAUAACAGUCUGAUUACAGCUGCGUCCGAAAUCCAUGCAAGUUUAACCUAUGAACGUUCUCUAUUCUCUUCUACAGCGGCCAAAUCCGAACAAUGUCCAUGCCGGAGAUGGGUGAGUGAAACACAACAGUCAAACCACAGAAUGAUCUAUCUAACUAUCAAUGAGCCGUGACUGGCCUAACCUUCCUGCAAUUCCUGUUUUUCUUAGAUUUUUUGUUCCUCUUGAAAUACCUAAAAUAUCUUUGGCUAACUAUUGCUUGUUGUUGUUGUUGGCUAUUAUUGUGUGCUUGUUCUUCCUCCAGGAAGCAGAGAGCCUAGCAUCCACCACCAACACACACUCAGUGAUGCAAGCAUAGAUGACAUUGACAUGCAGUGAGUCACACAUACAUAAUAGAUAGAUAAUGAUUUUAAUAUUAUUAACAAUAUUCUGUCCAAUAGCCUCCAUUCUGAUGUCUAUCUGUCUGUCUGUCUGUCUGUCUGUUCUGCAGGGCGAGACAUGAAGCACUUCAGAAGCUGGCCACUUUCUUCCACAAACCUGUUGUAGAGGGACCCAUCACGAGGUAUACACUUGCACACACACACACACACACACACAAAUGCAAAUAGUCUGGGUAGCCAUUUGAUUAGAUGUUCAGGAGUCUUAUAGCUUGGGGAUAGAAGCUGUUUAGAAGCCUCUUGGACCAAGACUUGGCGCUCCGGUACCGCUUGCCGUGCGGUAGCAGAGAGAACAGUCUAUGACUAGGGUGGCUGGAGUCUUUGACAAUUUUUAGGGCCUUCCUCUGACACCGCCUGGUAUAGAGGUCCUGGAUGGCAGGAAGCUUGUCCCCAGUGAUGUACUGGGCCGUACGCACUACCCUCUGUAGUGCCUUGCGGUCGGAGGCCGAGCAAUUGCCAUACCAGGCAGUGAUGCAACCAGUCAGGAUGCUCUCGAUGGUGCAGCUGUAGAAACUUUUGAGGAUCUGAGGACCCAUGCCAAAUCUUUUCAGUCUCCUUAGGGGGAAUAGGUUUUGUCGUGCCCUCUUCACGACUGUCUUGGUGUGCUUGGACCAUGUUAGUUUGUUGGUGAUUUGGACACCAAGGAACUUGAAGCUCUAAACCUGCUCCACUACAGCCCCGUCGAUGUGAAUGGGGGCGUGCUCGGUCCUCUUAUUUUUCCUGUAGUCCACAAUAAUCUCCUUUGUCUUGAUCACGUUGAGGGAGAGGUUGUUGUCCUGGCACCACACAGCCAGGUCUCUGACCUCCUCCCUAUAGGCUGUCUCCCGUUGUCGGUGAUCAGGCCUACCACUGUUGUGUCAUCGGCAAACUUAAUGAUGGUGUUGGAGUCGUGCCUGGCCAUGCAGUCAUGAGUGAACAGGGAGUACAGGAGGGGACUGAGCACGCACCCCUGAGGGGCCCCCGUGUUACCUACCCUUACCACCUGGGGGCGACCCGUCAGGAAGUCCAGCAUCCAGUUGCAGAGGGAGGUGUUUAGUCCCAGGAUCCUUAGCUUAGUGAUGAGCUUUGAGGGCUGAGCUGUAGUCAAUGAAUAGCAUUCUCACAUAGGUGUUCCUUUUCUCCAGGUGUGAAAGGGCAGUGUGGAGCGCAAUAGAGAUUGCAUCAUCUGUGGAUCUGUUGGGGCGGUAUGCAAAUUGAAGUGGGUCUAAGGUUUCUGGGAUAAUGGUGUUGAUGUGAGCCAUGACCAGCCUUUCAAAGCACUUUAUAGCUACAGACAUGAGUGCUACGGGUCUGUAGUCAUUUAGGCAGGUUACCUUAGUGUUCUUGGGCACAGAGACUAUGGUGGUCUGCUUGAAACAUGUUGGUAUUACAGACUCAGACAGGGAGAGGUUGAAAAUGUCAGUGAAGACACUUGCCAGUUGGUCAGCGCAUGCUCGGAGUACACAUCCUGGUAAUCCGUCUGUCUUGUGACUGUUGACCUGUUUAAAGGUCUUACUCACAUCGGCUACAGAGAGCGUGAUCACACGGUCGUCCAGAACAGCUGAUGCUGUCAUGCAUGCUUCAGUGUUACUUGCCUCGAAGCGAGCAUAAAAGUAAUUUAGCUCGUCUGAUAUGCUCGUGUCACUGGGCAGCUCGCGGCUGUGCUUCCCUUUGUAGUCUGUAAUAGUUUGCAAGCCCUGCUACAUCCGACGAGCGUCGGAGCCAGUGUAGUACGAUUCAAUCUUAGUCCUGUAUUGACGCUUUGCCUGUUUGAUGGUCCGUCGGAGGGCAUAGCGGGAUUUCUUAUAAGCUUCCGGGUUAGAGUCCCGCUCCUUGAAAGCGCCAGCUCUACCCUUUAGCUCAGUGCGGAUGUUGCCUGUAAUCCAUGGCUUCUGGAUGAGGUAUGUACGUACAGUCAGUGUGGGGACGACAUCAUCAGCACUUAUUGAUGAAGCCAGUGACUGAUGUGGUGUACUCCUCAAUGCCAUUGGAAGAAUCCUGGAACAUAUUCCAGUCUGUGCUAGCAAAACAGCCCUGUAGCUUAGCAUCUGCUUCAUCUGACCCUUUUUUAUUGACCGAGUCACUGGUGCUUCCUGCUUUAGUUUUUGCUUAUAAGCAGGAAUCAGGAGGAUAGAAUUAUGGUCAGAUUUGCCAAAUGGUGGGCGAUGGAGAGCUUUGUACGUGUCUCUGUGUGUGGAGUAAAGGUGGUCUAGAGUUUAUUUCCCUCUGGUUGCACAUUUAACAUGCUGGUAGAAAUUAGGUAAAACUGAUUUAACUUUCCCUGCAUUAAAGUCCCCGGCCACUAGGAGCGCUUCCUCGAUGAGCGUUUUGCUGUUUGCUUAUGGCUGUAUACAGUUCAUUGAGUGCGGUCUUAGUGCCAGCAUCGGUUUGUGGUGGUAAAUAGACAGCUACGAAUAAUAUAGAUGAAAACUCUCUUGGUAGAUAGUGUGGUCUACAGCUUAUCAUGAUAUACUCUACCUCAGGCGAGCAAAACCUUGAGACUUCCUUAGAUAUCAUGCACCAGCUGUUGUUUACAAAUAUACAUAGACCGCCACCCCUUGUCUUACCAGAGGCUGCUGUUCUAUCCUGCCGAUACAGUGUAUCUAACCUGCCUGCUGUAUGUUAUUCAUGUCUUUGUUCAGCCACGACUCGGUGAAACAUAAGAUAUUACAGUUUUUAAUGUCCCGUUGGUAGGAUAUACGUGCUUGUAGUUCGUCCACUUUAUUAUCAAGCGAUUGUAAGUUGGCCAAUAGUAUCGAUGGCAAAGGCAGAUUAGCCACUCAUCUCCGGCUCCUUACCAGGCACCCCGAUCUCCUUCCGCGAUAUCUCCUUUUCUUUCUACUGCGAAUGACGGGAAUGAGGGCCCUGUCGGGUGUCUGGAGCUCUCUCAUCCGACUCAUUAAAGAAAAAUGAUUUGUCCAGUUCAAGGUUAGUAAUCGCUGUUCUGAUGUCCAGAAGCUCUUUUCGGUCAUAAGAGACGGUAGCAGCAACAUUAUGUACAAAAUAAGUCACAAACAUUGCGAAAAAAAACACAAAAUAGCACGGUUGGUUAAGAGUCCAUAAAACGGCAGCCAUCCCCUCCGGCGCCAUCUAUAAAGUCAUGACGACAGUCAAAUGCCACGUGACCGUUUAGUCACGGUAAUUAGGCUUCUCCAAGCUCUGAUGCUGCUGAUGGUCUUUAGUAGCCUACCAAACUUUCUAACUGCCUGGUACUCAGCACUCUAUUGUCCCUCUAAUCACUCUGACAUCAAUGCAAAUGUAAUCGAAAAUCUAAUCAAACACUUCAUGAGAGCCCAUGAGCUCAUGUUGUGCAACAUUUCUAUAGGCUAUGUAAUUGCGUGAGAAAACAGAGUGAUGGCCUCUAUUAAAAAGAGGAGGAUCCCAUCAGCUUUCUAUAGGCUAGGCCUACUAUAUUUAUUUCUCAACUUUCCUAAUAUUAAGCACAUUGCUUCUCUUUACAACAGGAGUCUAGCCUACCUGGCUGGCAUGAAAAUGAACCACGGGAAAAGCGUCCUCCAUUUGCUAUUUAAGUGUAUGUAUUUUUUUCGCUGCCCUGUUUUGAGACAGGUGCAUGAUAAUGAUCCAUUCUAAAUCGAAACAAAUUUCACAAAUAUAUUAUUUAGUAUAUGUAAAGACUUGAUUAAAUCAAGAAUAGUGUGAUGGGUGACAAUAUUAGCUUAUCACUUGUGAAUUACAUAUUAUCACUUGUGAAUGAUGCCCAGCUUAAGGCAAACAGCGCAUGCUUUUUUUUGACACAUUUUUCAAAUCAUAGUCGCACGCCUCAUGUAGCCUAGCCCAUAGGCCAGGGGCGGUGUGUUCAUUAGGGCGAUAUGGGCGACGCACUGCCAAACAGGAAAAGGAAGGGAUUUUUUUUUCUAAUCAAUUAUAUCACGGCAACAGUAGUUAUCAGUGUUCUAAUCUAGACGUCUGAUCUGCCACUAAAUGUCCAAUCAGGCUAAAGUCGUGCUUCAAAUGGCCCCGCCCCUUUUGGGGCGAUUUCAGUCAGGUUGAAAAUCGCCCCAGAAGUCUCUCAUAGACUCUCAUGUAAAAUCUUUUUUUUUCAAAUAUCAGAGCUUUCAAUACAAUCUCUAUGGGUUCCGGGAGGGCUUGCACUUACGCGCUUUCGUCAUACGUAACAUAACCAUGAACGUAACUAAGAAAAGAGCGGGUAGCAGCGUCAAUCAAUUCACGUACUACUGUCAAGAUGGCUAGCGUUCAGUGCAACUCGAUUGUCUCUUUGAAAGAAGUUCCUUUUUGUCGGCGAACAAAUCAAGAUAAAUUGGCAACGAAACAAUUAGGACCUCCCAGACCAAAUUUAAUAAUUCAACAGGUUUCUACUAAAGGGGGAAAGUCCUACACCCGAGGAUUUUCCAAAAAUUGGUACGAACGAGAAACCUGGCUAGCAGGCUGCGAUGUAGCUAAUGCAGUCUUCUGCUACCCCUGCUUACUCUUUCACCCUGAAGGCGGCACGGCAGACAGCACCGCUUGGACAGCGACUGGUGUAACGGACAUGCACCAUCUUUCAGAAAAGAUUAAGAAACAUGAGCUGUCAAAGACCCACAUGGAUAGCUGUUUGAGAUUGUCUGCUUUGGGGAGAGUGAACAUUGCCACUCAACUGGAUGAGGGAUACAGGCUAGCUGUCCGCCGCCACAACGAUGAGGUUAGCAAGAACCGCCACAUCCUCAGCCGGCUAAUCCAGUGUGUGAAGUUUUGCGGAGUGUUUGAGUUAGCUUUGCGAGGCAAAGAUGAAACUGAGGGCUCCACCAACCCUUGUAUUUUUCUUGGACUUGUCAACUUUGUGGCACAAUUAGAUGAGGUGUUUUAUGGAAAUGCAUAUUGUUUAUGCAGUGUUGAGGAAUGUGAAAGAACACCCUUGAUUAUUUUUACUGUGAUAACUUAUUUUGCUUUUGUAAGCCAACACUUUUGAGAUCAGUCAAUAAAUGCUUCUGGUAUUGACUUAUAUGCUGCCCCUGUCUUCAUGUUGUUGCUGGACAUAUCUUUUUUUAAAUGUGUGUAGGUCACCUAAAUCAUCAGAAAAAUUGCCCCCCCUGAGAAUUUUUUCAGGAGCCGCCACUGCCAUAGGCCUAUAUGUUUUGAAAAGGUUUUUAUCACAACUAAAGUGGCCAAAUAACUUCUUAAAAUGAAGGACAUUAAUCUGCUUUACAACGAACGGGUGUAGAGACUAACAGGCAUACAUACGCAAUGAGUGAGUUUCAAGUUUGGGGAAGAUAAUUUUCACUAAAAAAAUGCACCUUUAUAAUAAAAGCAUUACAUGCAUAAUCGCAUUUGUGGUCACUUUUGAGAAUGGUGUUUUCCUGCUAAUGGAACAUUUGCGCUUAAAGCCUACUGCCGUGUGCGCAUUGCUGUGCUUAUAAUGUGAAGAAAUAGCCUAAUAGUUUAUCAACUUUUUAAGCUAAACGUUCUCAUCUGUUGCGUCAGGCUCAUUGCUUAAAUCUGGUUUUUUUAUGCUAGUGAUUGAAUUAAUUUGGGAUCUAUCGCAUCCCACAAUUGUCCCAGACUAUGUUUGGAAUAUUUAUUUCUCGCACAGAAUAGAAUAAGUAAACUUUUGUACUAUGGGGGAUAGUAGACUGACAUAGGCUAGUGCUUUUGCUGUUCGUUAGGCCUACUCAUCUUGUUGGCUGACGAAAAGUAAAUGUGGACAGUUCUUCCAAUAUCUUCAAUAUGCGCCUCAGAAUUAGAUAAGGAUGCGAGCAGUUGCGUCCCCGAUGUGUCGGUCUUCACCUGUAGCAUAGUGAGAAAGGCCCGAUCACGUGACUGAGAGCCAUGUGAGUGAGAGGUGCUUCGGCACGCAGCCGGGAGAAGGGAAUUAUAAUUAUUAUAUUCAGCCCAAGGGCACAAUGGCCACUGGCCGCAAAAGGCAUGGAUUAUUUUAGGGGGCAUUACGGCCAAACAAAGGGGAUGCAGCUGGGAAAUUCGAGGUAUUAUCAAGUGCUUGUCAAAUUGUGAAUGAGAGACUGAUGAAGUUUGUACAGCCUGCGCAACAAACAAAGCAGAGCUCAUGCCUUUCAUGUGACUUUUUUCAAAUCAUCAUUAGAGUCACAUCAUGCAGCCUUAGAAUGUAUUACAAAUGAAAACAUAUAGCCCAACAGUUGUAUCACAACUAAAGUUACACAAAUAACUCUAAAUUAAGCAUAUAGGAGUACCUGUUUCUUUGUUAUCCGCUCAACACAGAAUAGCCGCAUGUGCGCACUCCCUCAAAUCGUUUGGAGAAAAUAUCCUUUCUGUUUUAUUCAGCUAUGUUCAAUUGUAUUCUUCAUACUAUAAAAUAAUUCCACGGAAUUCUAAGCAAAUCUUGUCUGCUAAAUGAACUAGUGUAGCCCACAGCCAUAUGGCAUAGCCAGAUCAGGGCCUAACAUAAGGACAACUCAGAGUAUGCUAUUCUGUUCUUCUGAAAUAGACUACAUUUCCUUCAGCAGCUCCUCUUCUCUUAUUUUUUUCUCUUUCUUCUCCUCUCCCUACUCCCAAUCUCUCUCUUUCCCUACUGUCUCCCUCUAAGAAGACCUGAAGAACCUGAAACUGAACCUGAAGAAGAACCGAUCAGUAAGUAACCGCUCUGGGUGGAUUCUGUGUCCUACACAUUGCACACAUUAGGUCUAUAGUCCUUGGGCUGGUUACCCAGACCCAAAUUAUCCAUUGUGCAUGCCUUUCUUUCAAACAGAUGUAGAAUCUUAAUUUGAUCACCCUGUUGCAGGAGAACUUUCUUGCAAUGCAAAAAAGGCUUCUGAAGUUUGUAAUUUCCACAUUUACAUUUUUUAAAACUUGAUUUUACAUUUCCCUUAUGAAAAAUGUAUCAACCCCUACAAAAAUGUCCAUUAAUUAUAAUCCACAUAAUAAUUCACAUUUCCUGUUGUUGCAGGAUUAUUUUCCUGCUGGACCAAACUGGCUCAAAUUAAGAUCCUACAUCUGUAAUAGUCCCGAGGGGUAUACUACAAAGCAGGAUCAAUGAGUUAGCCAGCUAACUUGCCUAAAUAUUCUGAAAUAACGUUAACUUUUUAGAAAGAUGAGCUUGAAAUUGGCAUGAUCUAUUGACUCAACAACCAAAACACAUAUAGAACUUUAACUUUAUUAAUGAAUCAAAAACUCAACAGUUAUUUCUGGUUUGUUAUCAAAGUUAGCUGGCUAAUUCAUUGUUCCUAGUUUGUAGUAUACCCCUCAGUAGGGUUAAAUCUGGGUCUAGGAAACCAGCUCAUAAUGGUUGAAAGAAUGUUGUUGGAAUUCAUGAGUUCAGUGAAAGGAAUUCACUUUCUACUUGUGAAUCUGACACUCAGAUGACAGUGGGAAAAUUCUUUUAAAACAUCUUCCUUCUUUCAUUUCCAGGCCCUAUGGACAUAGAAGGACCAGAGACGGUGUACCUGUAAGUAGGAUAGAAAGAAAUGUCACAUUGUGUAUUCUGUUAUCAGACUGGUUUUCUGGGCUUGGGUUGUGAAUGUUAUUGAGCUGUGUCACUGAGUGUGUGUGAGUGUAGGUGUGUGUCUGACAGGCAUUUGUGUGUGUGUGUGUGUGUGUGUGUUUGUAUGUGUCUUAAAGGCAUUUGAGUGUAUGUCUAACAGGCAUUUGUGUUUGAGUGUGUCUGAAAGGCUUUUGUGUUUGAGUGUGUGACAGGCAUCUGUGUGUGUUUCUCUGUAGGUGUAAAGAGGAAGCAGAUUUGAAGCUUCCAGAUAUGGUGAUUCUUCCUCCUCCUGACCUGUAUGCAGACAUCAUCAUCAGUGAUACUUAGUAGACUACAAACUACCUACAGGUAAGAAAGUUGCUUUACUUUACAGCUCAAAUAGUCACCACUGAGCAGAAACGCUGAUCAGUCAAUUACAAGGCUAUUGAUAAUGCAUUGAUGAUGUCUGGGUCUGUUCUCUCUUCUGUGAGCAGCUGGAGAACAGAAGAAGAACGGCAAGAUGGUAUGUCUGUCGUCGACUGCCAGUCAUCUGCCAGAUAACAAAGACUUGUAGGAUCUCUGUCUGCACAACCUGCAAUCAGAUGGACUAUUUCUGUUAUAAUAUUGUUUCGGCCGGGAUUCAAUCCGAGCGCUCUAGUCGACAAAGCAGCUUUUUAUGGCAAUGUUACCAUGUUCGCGGAGAUCGCAUUCAAGGUAAAUGCUGCAGAUGUCGGCAAAUAACUUUUAAUUGGAAAUUACCGAUAAAUGUCAAGGACACUAUAGCACGGUUUUGGAUUUAAUCUCUUGUAUUGAUGUCCGUCCAGGGUUAUGGAGGAUGACAUGAAGGGCAUUAUACAGACAGAGAGCAGUUCUGUUUAUACUGAAUGUUUAAUCGUUUUAUAGAAAGACAAUUAUGGGAUACCAUACAUGCGAUGGUUGAGGUUCCACUGUGUAAUGAUGUAUCUUUACAAGUGUUCGUGUUUGAAAUGGCUAUGACGACUCAAUACUGUAUCCAGCUACUGUCUGUGUCUCCAAUGACACCCUAUUCCCUGUGUAGUGUACUAACUUUGACCUAAGUGGUUAGCCACAUAGGGCUCAGUCAAAAGUAGUGCACUACACAGGGAAUAGGAUGCCUGCCAUAUUAGACUUUUCUGUUGUUUUUUAUAUUCCCAAUGAAUUUCCCAUUAAGUAUUAUAGAGAGAGAAAGCCAUUUGAUGUAACAUUUAGUUUAAGUCAUGCUCAUUUAGCUACCACCUCUGCUAGUUGUGAUCUGGUGAUUAAUAAAAACUCAAAGCAGUGGUCUAUUGUAUAGGUCAGUUUAUUGUGUUUGACAAUAAAUUCUCAGUAAAGUGCAAAUAAGAACAGCAACACCAUGCAGUGCAUAUAACACAAAAACCACACGUCAGACAGAGAGACGGCGGGGAACAAGAGAGGGAGGGAGAGGUAGAUUUCACUCUCACACAGUGAAGAACACUUUGGUUCCAGAAGUCUGGAUGCAUUGACAACACACCUUAACCCUUGGCAAGAGGUACACCUUACACUGGUAGAGUGGGUGUGUGUAUACCUUAAAGUAAGUAGUAUGUGUGUGUAAAUACCUUUCCCUUGUACGAGCAGAGAACAGGGGUGUUGCUGUGGGUAAUUGCAUGAGUCUUGCAGCAGGGGGCAGAGUUUCUAUAAAUAUGUCCCUCUUCCGUGUUUCCCAAACUCGGUCCUGGCGACCCCAAGGGGUGCACGUUUAGUUGUUUGCCUUAGCACUACACAGCUGAUCCAAAUAAUCAACUUAUCAUCAAGCUUUGAUUAUAUGAUUCAGCUGUUUAGCGCUAGGGCAAAAACCAAAACCUGCACUCCUUUGGGUCCCCAGGACAGUUUGAGAAACGCUGCUCUAUAGGUCUGGGUUCCUUAUUGAAUGUAUAGUCUCAUAAAGAGAGAAAACAGACUGCACUAACUGCUACUUAGGACAAAUGACAAGGUAACAGGAAACAAGGUAACAGAAGGAUAGAAGAGAGGUUUAGUGUCUCCUCUCGCUGUGGCUCAAAACACACGCUAAUAAACGACAAACAAAUAACUCCAGAUGGAGGGCGGGAGGGAAAGAGAGAUACAAAUGAUUCUACAUUUAGUAACAAACCGAACACAGAACAGAUCACCAUCAUGGUACCAGAACACAACAGAAACACACACUAGCAUGCAUCAGAUCAGCCAGAGCCAAGUCCUUACUGGCUCCAGCAGAACAGGACAGACAGACAGAGCCAGGAGGAAAACUGUAUACUGUAAACCAUCGGACAAAUGGUAAAGGGAGAUUUGUUCCAUUAUAAAGACCAGAGAACAGAGUGCUUUAUAAGCAAUACUUUUAUACGACUUCUAAUCAGUCAGUGGUCUUGCAUAUCUAUUCCAAUGCCUAUCAUCUCUCCCCCUCUCUCGCUCUACCUAUAGUUAUAUUAGUCAGAUCUCAAAUCUCAUUGGCACAUAAACUACAGUAUGUCUUCUGACCAAUCCAUGGCAAGCUCCUGUCUUUCACUCCUCUCCUCUACACUCACACACAUCAGUGUACACACAAACAGAAACAACAGUAUGGUUUCCAUUCUGUUUCUACAAACAAAACAACAUGGCCACCAAGCUAGAAGCAACAUUUGUGUUUUUAAGGCACCUGGAGAAAGGUUCUGGAGCUUAGAGUCCACUGAGGCUUGCUACAGAUACACUUCCCUCCCUCCUCCUCCUCCUCCUCCGUCAGCCAGCCACGUUAGCAUCAAUGCCAACUAAUCCACAGAACAAUAUUACCAGUCAGCUAGCCUCCCCUCUCUCUACGACCUCACCUAAAAUAUCUUCAAACUCAGUAUGGAAUUCUUAAACAUCAGCAGUGAUUCAAUACUCAAUAUUCAGUAACCACACACAGCCUUUAAAAAAAAAAAGAAGAAUCUGAUAUCUAAAUAAUAACAAUCCUUUUUGUAUGUAGAAACUACAUUUUUUGGUAUGUCAUUUCAAUCAACAUCUACUCCACUACUCAAAAUGAUAGUAAUAUAAAUAUAUGGAUAACAAAAUCUGUGUCGUUAUAAAAACCAUUUAAAACCAAAAAUAAAAUGUGCAAUGUGUUUGUUCUAUGGUAACCUAACGUAGUAGGCAUAAAAGAAAACGCCUUAGCGGAGUUCCCACAUCCGGUUUUCAGUGGAAAAGAAAGCUAGGUUGAAUUAGCUGUAUCCUUGAAAACCAGAUGCAUACAAUUGUUUGCAACUCCGCUAAGGCUAGUUCUAUGGUGAUGGCUAUUCAGCAGCUGAUUGGAGGUUGAGAGAAAUGUGGGAGGAGCUGCCUAUCUUUAUACAGUCUAUGGGAGCUACAGUAGAUUUGACCUAACGUGACCCUGCCCCAGCAAGUUUGAUCUCUAACCCCUAACCCCCUAACCUUUCCCAUGGCCAGGAUGGCUCUAGACAGGAAGCCUAACCACAGAUCUAGAAUCAGUAUCCCUUGCCCAGCCCAAACCUAUAACACAUGGAGGUAACAACACACGACUGACUCUAGAUAUGGGGUUAGAGGCACGUCUUCCCUGCAGCGGUCAGUGUUCUACUAAACUUAGGCCAGGAUCACACCGAUAUCAAACUGUCUAACUACAAGGCUCAGGGCAAGGUUCUGUUUUAGAGGUUAUGCAAGUAGGACCUGGAGUCUUCCUGACUUUUUGACGUUGACCAGGGAAAACUUCAGGUUAUCCAGCAGGGUUAACCCUCUCUAGCGGGCCAGUGUGGUGAUGAGACUGGCACACAUCUCAAAGAAGUCCAUGGUGUGGCUGCCCUGGCGCGGGGUGGGGGUGGAGGUGAUGAGGGCAGCGCUGGAGCACAGCGACCCAGGCAGGGAGGAGCUGAGCUGGGGGAGAUCCACGGCAGGUAAGGCUGAGUCCACACUGAGUCUUGGUCUAUGGAGCCCUGCAGUGGAGCCUGACCUCUGGGGGGUGGAAGAGCCCGACUUAAACCCUACUGCCUCCAUGAUGUCAUCUGGAGAGGGGGAAAGGAGCGUUCAGGACAGGAGAGGAAAGGUUAGUGUUUGUUUUUGUAGCUACUCAUCUGUACUCAGUAAUUGUUGUACAGUUGUAGUAAGAGAAAACUGUAAAUGCUGUUUCAAAUAAGUAAAAAAGUACAGUUACUACGGUUUAACCAGGUAUCUAAGGACAGUUUGCUUUGGUGUAUAUUAUAAGAUAUUUUCAUGUUAUAGAGCUGUUGUACCGUCGAUGCUCUUGAAGUCCAGCAGGUAGGAUCUGUUGUCCACCUGGUACAUCUGGAGACUCAUCUUCACCAGGUUGCCUGUUACUGGGUUCUUACUCCGAACACGCAGGUGGUACGGGUUCACCACCUACACAUAUCACACACAUACACACACACCUUAACAUGUACAGUAUACACACAACACGUACGCACACACACACACACUGUGCCUCACCUUCCAGUCAUACUGUAGCUGUCUCAUAGCCCUGUAGACCUCAGCCAUGAUGUCAUAGGGUCUGCUCUGACUCCUGAUGCCUAGGUGCCACUUGGCUUUCUUCACUGCCAGGGGUUUGGCUCUGGUGGUGUUCAGGGCAUCCAGCGGGCAGCGCGCCUGCAGACAGAGAGAGAGAGGAGAGAAUCUUUAUUUUCCCCAACAAGCAGUCACAAAUACAUGAGGACAAGAAGACUGCAUGCAAAUAUACUAUACUGCCAAUGUUGCAUUUGCAUUCCAACAGUUUUGUUUUUGACUGCUAGACUAGUAUCAUGGAAGAAGCACUUCAUCAAGUGUUUACACUUUAGAGAUAUUGUAUCUGAUUUUAUAUAAACAUUAUAGACGCGACGAUAGUCCUGUCUAUAUUAGGUUUUAAUAGUACAUAGAAUAGAACCAGGUACAGGUGCUUGCCUUGGGGCUGUCUACCAGCAGGGGGGGCAUCCUCUCUGGGUGUGGUUUGACCCCGGGGGGCAGGGGCAUGCCAUCCUCCAUGAAGGAGCCCUGGGGAGGGCUGGAGGCCAGGUAGAACUCACUGGCCUGGGUCAUGAUACGACGGUUGUCUAUAAUCAGAUGGUAUGCUACCGCUAGCUGGUCCUGGAGAGACAGAAUGAGAGAGGGUGGAGAGAGAGCGAUAGAGGGUGAGUGUGUUUGUCUGUGUACUGUAUGACUAAGUGUGUGUGUGUGUGUUUGCACUAGUGUGCAUACUGUGUACAGUAUGUACCUGGGGGUCUCCGCUGUACAGGCUGCACAUCACCUCAGACUCUGUGCUCUCAAACUUGUCACACACCUCCCUGACGGCCUCCUCAUCCAGAACCGUGGCGUCAUAAGACAGGUCCUCAGGAAACAGGUAGCCUGGCAGGUCCUGCUUAAACCACUCAUGUUCCCUACACACACACACACACACACACACACACACACACACACACACAAACACAAACACAAACACAAACAAAAUAACAGUUACUGUCCAUGAUUCUUCUAUUCUUUUGCUCUGGACCAACCUUCAACCACCACAAACCAGCGUUUGGCUACGUUUGCCAGUAUUAUCCCAUUAAAAGCAUCAGCAUCAUCAUCAGUAGGGAAGGUUAGAAGUUAGAGGUCAGGGGUUACCUAAUGUCUUUAAUGGUGGCUCUCUUCAAUGGGUCGACCUGCAGCAUGAGCAGCAGCAGGGAGGCAACAGGGCGAGUGAGGUAUUCUGGCAUAUAGAACACACCCCCUCUGAUCUUCUUAAACAGUGUGGGAACAUGUUCGUCAUCAAAGGGCAGAGUCCCACACAGCAAUGCAUACAGGAUCACCCCACAACUCCAUAUAUCCACCUCAGGGCCAGCAUAUAACCUGUUACCAAAGCAAAGCAUACAGGAUCACCCCACAACUCCAUAUAUCCACCUUAGGGCCAGCAUAUAACCUGUUACCAAAGAAAAGCAUACAGGAUCACACCACAACAUCCUACAGCAACCACACUCAAUAGGCAGACCGCGGUACUGAUCCGAACCCUGUUGGGGGGGGGGGGCACAGAAUUGUUAUUUUGCCCACGCUACAGACGGCUAUAUCGGUCUGGUAAUAAAGGACUGUUUUUUUUCUUCUUCGGAUUGUUCGGGGGGUGCUCAGCACCCCUACUUCCCGUGGCUAUGCCGCCAUUUCCUGGUUACAAAAAUGAUAAUACUUCGCUUAAUUUCAAUUUAUGUGACCAAACAAGCAUGUAUAGUGUAGAGAAUCGUUGUACCAUCUAAACCGCUGUGAAAUAUAUUUUCCAUAACAAAAACAUUUGUAUUUUCAGCUGUUUGAAGAUGGUGUACAAAACCGAAAGUAACAGACUCAAAAACGAAACUUAAAAACGGGAAGCUUAGAAACAGAUCUAUCGCUUCUUAGACUUGCGUUCAAUGAGAAUGAUAGCUCUAUAACACAAAUGUCUAUGUGAAUUUGAUCAGGUCACCCAAAAAGUUACAUAUUGCAGCUUUAAGGAACUCGGUCAGGUAAGUUGUAAUAGUAAUUGUAAUAGCAAUUUCUAAAUUUGGUAGUGCAUUAGCAGCUUUUAUUAUAUGAACACACAUAAGACAUGGCAAAAUGUGUCGAAUUGCAGGAAAUUAGCUUGAAAACGAGGUGGGGGUUUGUUACUAUGCUGAUAAAUGACAAUAUAUCCAUCCAGACUUUUGCCACCUAGGACAUUUUUGUACCCCUGUCCUACAGUAUCAACCUUAGGACCUGCAUACACACACACACACACACACACACACCUUCCAGAGAUGACUUCAGGAGCAGCGUAGUUGGGAGAUCCACAGCUGGUCCUCAGGAACUCCCCAUCUGACAUCAUGUUUGACAACCCUGUUGACCAGAGCACAUCAUUUUCUAACAACAUUAUCUUCAAGCUCAAGUUCCUGAUGCUAUCUUGGAACUAUGUUAUGAGAGGGUUAGUGUUAGGUCGUGCCAUGGUUAGGUCUCUAGGCCUGUAUAAUGUGUUUAUUCAGCUUUACUAACCCAGUCCUCUAAGCUCCACACAUGCUGCGCUGAUAGGAUCAACUUCUCCCUAACCUUACCUUCACUAUACAUGCUUAUUAUCUAUGCAUAGUCACUUUAACUCUACCCAUAUGUACAUAUUACCUAAAUUAACUCGACUAAUCUGUGCCCCCGCACAUUGACUCUGUACCGGUACCCCCUGUAUAUAGCCUCGCUACUGUUAUUUUACUGCUGCUCUUUAAUAAAAAAAUGUUUUCAUUUAUUUGUUAUCUAUUUUUUACUUAACACUUUUUUUUUUCUUCUUAAAAUUGCAUUGUUGGUUAAGGGCUUGUAAGUAAGCAUUUCACUGUAAGGUCUACACCUGUUGCAUUCGGCGCAUGUGGCAAAUAAAACUGGAUUGUAUUUUUUGAUUUGACCUAACCUUCCCACGAUUUUCUCUCUUCCCUUGCCCUCUCUCUCUCUCCCCCUCUUUCUCCCCCUCUCUCUCUCCCGCAGUCUUUCUAUGAUCAGGUGACACAGGCCCUGACAGGGCUCCCUGCCAGAGUGGAUAUCAGACCUGCCUGUUGCUAA